AUGUCAAACGGUGUCAUCAAUGAAAAGUCGGACGAACCUCUCCGCCGAAUCCAAACGGCGGAGAGCGUUUUCCUGCCUAUUUCUCGAGAGGCGUUUGAGAAGCUCUACUUGAACCCCAAGAGUCCCACGGUUUCAGGGGACUUGCGCAAGAAGCUGGGAAAUCCUACACCAAUCUCUCUGCUGGGCUUCUUGCUUGCUUCCACCCCGAAUGCGUGUAUCGUCAUGGGAUGGAGGGGGGCGGGCGGCAAUGGAGCUGCCAUUAUUCCUGCCUUGAUUUUCUUCGGCGGAAUGGUUCAAAUAUUUGGUGGCAUUGGGGAGUGGAUUAUUGGCAACACAUUCUCUUGCGCGCUAUUCUUCACUUAUGGAACCUUCUGGAUUGUACAAGGAACGACGCUCAUGCCCUUCUUUGCUACUGGAACCCAUUAUUCGUCCACUGGCAACUUCCUAGAGGGACAACAGACACCCAUGUAUAACGCCAGUAUAGCAUUCUACUUUGUGGCCCUGACGGUCAUAACCUUCGUAUACCUGAUAUGCUCCAUUCGAACCAACGUCUGCCUUUUCUCCGCGCUCUUCUUGCUUACCAUCACCUUUGGUUUGUUCGCCGGUGCUUUCUUCUCGGUUUCCGUGGGGAAUCUUCAUUUGGCUGAGAAGUUGCAAGUCACUGGUGGCGCUUUCAACUUCGCACUGUGUAUACCGAUCUGGUGGAUUUUCAUCACGCAAAUCCUGGAGGCCGUCGAUUUCCCCAUCUCGCUUCCAGUUGGCGACCUCAGCACGCUUGUACCAGGGCGAAGCCAGAGAAUGCGUUUGAAGCAAGCUGAGCCUUGA